AGGUCAGUGUGGGUCUGGAUGAAGAGGACCAGUCAUGAUGAUGCAGCAGGAGAGGGAUAGAAGGUCCAAGAGAACUAAAAUAUUCAAGCUUACUGGAGGGAAGAGGACUGCUGACUGGGUACAGCACUGCCUGUGUACACACAGAAUGGCCAUGAUACAGCCAGUACUUCUACUCCUGCUACUGGCAGCCAGGUUCUCACCAGUGUUUGGGACUGAGAUAUCAGUACUGGAGGGAACCUCUGUGACCCUUGUCUGCAGAUUUCCCAGUGAGGAGAAUCACAUACUUUAUACAACCUUGAGUGAAACCAGUCCUUGCAAAUGGUGGUCCUGUUUUAAUCCCAUAGCUGUGACAACAAUACCUACUAUCGCACAAGAAAACAAUUACAGAUGUAUAACUGGAGUUGAGAUGGUGAACUUCACCAUUUUAAACCUUCAGCCUGCAGACAGUGGGAAUUACUGUUGCAGAGCAGCGAUCUCUACAGUGUUAAAUAAACCUUCAGAAUUCUACAGCCUGAGGGUAGUGAAAGGUCACACAGGUUGCAACAGGGAUUUACUGGACGGAUUGGAAUUUCUGGGAAACGAUAUUGAGAAUCAGCCAAUCACAAUCCAAAGUGCAAGUCAGUGCAGACAGGAAUGCACCAAUAUUUACAAGUGCCAGUACUUCACAUUCAGUUGGAAGGAGACAGAAAUGAGAAACAAAUGUUCCUUGAAGGCCUCAACUGGUGAUCUGUUGAACUCAAGAAUUACAAUACAGCGCCUCCAAAAUGCAACCUCGGGCUAUUCCCUGAAAAACUGCAGUGGUAAAGUCACCUACUCAGCCAAAAAGUACAGCCUUGUCCUUAAGUGGAAAAACUGGACUGAAGCACAAGAGUACUGCAGACAACACUACACAAACCUGUCCAUCAUACACACAGAAGAGGAUUGGAAGGCAAUUCAAUCCACUCUGAGUCAUUUUAGUGGUGAUGUGUGGAUUGGCCUUAAUGGAAAUGGGCCUGUUCAAACUAAAAAGUGGAGUUGGUCUGAUGGGGAGGAGUUGAUGUUCUUAAACUGGGAUGGUGGUUUUGGCAGCGUGCUCAACAUUCAUUGUGCCGUUUCAGUUUCUUCUCGGUUUCGACAACAGUUGUGUAACACCUCAUUACCCUACAUGUGUCAAUACGUUCGUCAUGUCAAUGGAGUAACAGAGAAGGUGUAUAAGCUGAUAAUCGAACCAAAGAACCAGGAGGAGGCUGUGAAAGACUGCAAAGAUCAACAAGAAGAACUGGCGAGUAUCUGUAACCAGAAAGAGCAGGAUGCCUUUGAUGAGUUGAAUAAAGGGAUCACCUGGAUUGGAUUAAAGCAUGAGAACAACACAUGGAAUUGGUCCAGUGGGGAACCAUUUCAGAAAUGGGACAAUCCAAUGCGUUUGGGAGACGGAAACUGUGUAAAGCUGAACUCAGAAAAUGACAGAAAAUGGACACCAGAAAAUUGUUCUACUCGAAGUCCUUUCCUGUGCUAUGGGGUUGAACGUCCACUUAAUAACACCACUGGGGAUUUGACCACUCCUGUUGCCCCUGAAACCACCUUCCCUACUUCAACUGGUCCUCCCUCUACCAAAACCUCCACCACAACACCUACCACUUUACUACCUACUACUACUAAUGGACAGUCCACCACCUCACCAACUACCACGACUAAUGGACAGUCCACCACCUCACCAACUACCACUACUAAUGGACAGUCCAUCACCUCACCAACUACCACUACUAAUGGACAGUCCACCACUUCACCAACUACCAAUACUACUGGACAGUCCACCACCUCACCAACUACCACUACUACUGGACAGUCCACCACCUCACCAACUACCACUACUACUGGACAGUCCACCACCUCACCAACUACCACUACUAAUGGACAGUCCACCACCUCACCAACUACCACUACUAAUGGACAGUCCACCACUUCACCAACUACCGCUACUACUGGACAGUCCAACACCUCACCAACUACCGCUACUACUGGACAGUCCACCACCUCACCAACUACCGCUACUACUGGACAGUCCACCACCUCACCAACUACCGCUACUACUGGACAGUCCACCACCUCACCAACUACCACUACUAAUGGACAGUCCACCACCUCACCAACUACCACUAAUAAUGGACAGUCCACCAUCUCACCAACUACCACUACUAAUGUACAGUCCACCACCUCACCAAAUACCACUACUAAUGCACAGUCCACCACCUCACCAAAUACCACUACUAAUGCACAGUCCACCACCUCACCUACUACCACUACUAAUGCACAGUCCACCACCUCACCAACUACCACUACUACUGGACAGUCCACCACCUCACCACCUACCACUACUAAUGGACAGUCCACCACCUCACCA